AUGUGCGGUAUAGUAGGAAUCAUAUCUAAUAAAGACAUAUCUUGUCUUGAAACAAAAGUGAAAAAAAUGAAUGUUUUACAAAAGCAUCGUGGUCUAGAUGGUGAAGGGUAUUGGUGUUCAGAUAAAAAAAAUGUACAUCUCGCGCACCGAAGGCUUUCUAUUAUCGAUUUAUCUAGCGCAGGUCAUCAGCCAAUGGUAUCCAAAGAUAAUUUGUAUACCAUUGUCUUCAAUGGUGAGAUCUAUAAUUAUAAAGAAUUGAAAGAGAAAUGUAUUAAAAGGGGGAGUAAGUUUUAUUCAAACACCGAUACCGAAGUAAUCAUUGAAUAUAUUAAACAUUUUGGUGUACAAGGGAUCAAGGAUUUAAGAGGAAUGUGGGCUUUUGUUCUCUAUGAUAUCAGGGAGAAUAAAGUGAUUUUUUCUCGAGAUCCUUUUGGCAUUAAACCUCUGCAUUAUGCUAUUUAUGAAGAUUGUAUAUAUUUUGCUUCUGAAAUAAAAUCACUGCGUCUUAUUGAUGAUUACUUUAACAAAAUUGAUGAAGUUACUAAACAAAUUUUCUUGGAUUUUGGCUAUCUUGACAUUGGUCAAUGGACUUUUUUUAAGCACAUAAAGCGUUUUCCUCAAGCAAGCUACGCGGAAGUUGACUUAAAUAGGAUAGUGAAGAUAGAGUUUGUACAAUAUUGGCAACCACCAAAACAACUUAUGAAUAUUGAUGAAAAGAAAGCAGUAGAAGAGUUACAUGUUCUAUUAAAACAAAGCAUAAAAAGACAUAUGGUUAGUGAUGUACCAGUUGCAUUUUGCUUAAGUGGCGGCUUAGAUUCUUCAAUCAUAAUUGGGAUUGCUGCUACGAUUGCAGAAAAUAAGGAGAAACUCAAUAGUUUUACAGCUCACCAUCCAAACUUUCCUGAAAUAGAUGAAGUAAAAUGGGCUCAAUUAGCAGUGAAUCACCUAAAUGUGAACCCACAUUGGAUUGAAGUUGAAUAUAAAGAUUUUGUAGAAGAAGUGGAUUUAGUUUUAUAUCAUCAUGACGAGCCUUUUGGUUCCACAAGCAUAUAUGCACAAAAUACUAUAUUCAAAGCUAUAAAUAAAGCUGGCUUAAAAACCAAUUUAAGAUCAGAAGAGCGACCAAAAAAUAUCUGUUGCGAUUGGUUGCCUACCGAUAUCUCCCAAAGAGGGCAUAAAUGUUCUUUAAUCCACUGUACAAAUAAUGCUGUAUUAGUGUAG